AUGACGGCAGUGAAGAUUGGUGCUUCUCAUCCUCUGUUUUUAGGUCAAUCAGAUACUCCAGGAUCUGUCCUCAUUCCGGUAAAGCUUACUGGAUCUGAAAACUAUGGUUUAUGGAGUAGAUCGAUGAGAAUUGCACUUUUAGGAAAGAGGAAGCUGGGAUUUGUGCUUGGCACUUGCACAAAAGCUUCAGUUGGUGCUCAAUUGCAUGAUCAAUGGGAAACAUGCAAUGCGAUCGUUUUAUCGUGGCUCAUGAACACAGUAUCUGCAGAUCUUCUAAAUGGAAUUGUCUAUGCUUCAGAUGCAUAUCUAGUAUGGGAAGAUUUGAAGGAAAGCUUUGACAAGGUGAAUAGGGUGAGGAUCUGGCAAUUACACAGGGAAAACACUACACUGAUGCAAGGUACUAAUUCUGUAUCAACUUAUUUCUCGAAAUUAAAGGAACUAUGGAGUGAAUAUGAUGUGUUAGUUCCAUCACCAAGUUGUGGUUGUGAGAAAUCAAAGGAUUACAUUGAACAUUUGAGUCAACAGAGAUUGCUCCAUUUUCUUAGUGGCUUGAAUGAAUCCUAUGAUCAAGCCAGGAGACAAAUCCUCAUGAAGUCAAUUACUCCAUCUUUAGGGCAGGCAUAUGCCAUGAUAAUCCAAGAUGAGAGCCAACAAGUAACUGCAGCUAACAUAGCUGCUAAAACAGCUGAAAAAAUGGAAUCCUUAGCACUACAAGCAAGUAAUCUGAAUCUACAAGUGCUAUCUGGUGAAAAAUCUCAAAACUCAGAGGCGCAAUCCAUGGCAAAACCUGAUGCUGAACUUAUCUCUGAGGAAAUGGAAGUUUUGUCUUUGGCAGUGUCAUUUACCAUAUCUGAAAGACUAUUUGAAGGUGACUUGUCUGAAGGGAAGGGUCUUGAGUCUUGUAUUCUUGCCGCUGGGACAGAACUGGUGGCCGUUCAAAGCUUGGCCUCAUUAAGAGGAGAGAUUGAACCCACUCUUCUAGAACAUGAACUGGAGUAG